UUUAAUCAUAAAAACAGAAAACAGGGGAAUUGAAAAAACAAAAUAAAAAUAAAAAUAAGUGCAAAAAUUUCUCUCUAUCUUGCCGCCGCUCCGAAAUCUCCCUCCUUUGAAGCCAUCGCCGCGACAGCUCCGAACUGAUAAAGUUUGACUUGAUUUUCAAUGACUACAACAAUGGAGGCUCAAAAACAAAUGAGAAAGAUUGUUUAUUUGUGGGCUGCUCAAAUGGGCAAUCUUGUGGUUGUGCUUCUAUGGCACUUAUUACAUUUUCUUGUCAGCCUUUGGAUGUUUUCAAUUAAUAUAGUCAUGGCUUUUGAAAGCUACCUCAUUUCUUUUGGUAUAUUGAGGAAAUACAAGAUCUUCAAUGUCGCAAAUCUUCGUCACUUGGCUAUUGUCGUGGACAGUGAAGAAGCUUCUGAUAUAUCGAGCGUAAUUAAGCUUCUGAAAUGGGUAACCAGUCUCGGUGUGAAAAAUAUUUGCCUGUACGAUCCCAAGGGAGUGUUGAAGAAAAACAAGCAAACUAUCACUGAGAGCUUGCAGCUAACGAAAUCAUCCGAGGAUGACAGUAAGAAUGUGCCGUUUCUCAACCAAAAGAAUGUAUGUUUGGAUUUUGCUUGUUUAUCGGAUGGAAAGGAAGCCAUGGCAAAAUCUGCUGGCAUUUUAUUUAAGAAAUACUAUUUGGGUGGGAAUCCAUUGAAACAAACAUUUACUGAAGAAGACAUUGCAGAGGCACUGGAAACAAUAGGUUCUGGAGGUGCUGAUCCCAACCUUAUGUUGAUUUACGGGCCUACCAGAUGUCAUUUGGGUUACCCAGCAUGGAGGAUUCGGUAUACUGAGAUGGCUCACAUGGGAUCAUUGAAAUCUCUCAAAUAUGGGUCACUAUUGAAGGUGGUGCGGAAAUUCACCAUGGUUAACCAAAACUAUGGUAAAUGAAUGAAAAUGGAGGGAACAGUGAAGAACUAAAGGGUCUUAGUAAAUAUUAGUAGUCUAUUAAGUGAAGGUUCAUUUGCAAUCUAAUAAUAAUACAGUUUCUUGCAUUCUCUGUUUGUUCUAUGUAUGGUAUAUUAUGUUGCACUGUGAGCACUGAACAAACACUUUGAAUUACAAUAUAAUAAUAUUUCAGUGUUGUAUUUAUAAGU